CCAGCAGCUACUUGAUGUUGAAUUUUAUCUGGAAACCUGUGGAAUAUCUCCUUUGCCUUCUCAAUUUUAUCUGGAAAGAGAGAUGAUUUGGCAGCCAGACUUAGAAGUUAGAAUGGGUGUCAUUUGAAGGUGUUGAUCAUAUGUAGGUCCAUAUCCACAAUUUAGAGGAUUUUAACCAACAUGGGUCGCAGCAUAAUCUCCAGAUCAGUCCACCGUCCACUGUGAGUCUGUGACUUUGGCAUAGUCAUAGUGUUGGUCUUCUAUGGUUUUACUGUUGCCGUUAUGUCUUUUUUGUUUUCUGGUCAGACUUUUUGAAUGUGUUAUAAAAGAAAACCGAGCUGCAGACGAUAUCAGAAGUCAACCUUAUAAGCUCGCUUGCAUGAUUAAGGAGCUGGCCGUCGCGACAAUCGCGCAGGGAAAGGUGAGAAGUCCAGUCAUCAAGGGCAUCCAUGCACGUCCGCCCAGCAAGGCGGUUGACUGACUCAGGAUGCAUGUCAACCCAUCACCCAUGUGAUCUGCCCCAACUGGUGGAUAGCUGCUGGCACAUGCACAAUGGAAGGACAGCGGCGGAGAGCAAUGGCGGCCCGGUGGCUGUUGCUGCUUCUUCUCGGCAUCGCCGGCCGCAGCUGCGUUCUUCAAGUCCAUGGCCAGGUCGAUAACUUAGGUUUCAUAAACUUAGACUGCGGUCUGCCAGAGAGCGCCGCCGGCUACGUGGACAGUGUGACCAAGCUUCGCUUCACCUCGGACGCCGGCUUCAUCGAUGCGGGCACCAACUACAACAUGUCAUCUGAGUACAUCACGCCGUCGAUGGGCAGGAGCUGGCACAAUGUGCGCAGCUUCCACGGCGCCGCCGGCACGCGCAGCUGCUACACACUCCGCUCCCUUGUGGCCGGGCUCAAGUACCUCAUCCGGGCCAAGUUCUUGUACGGGAACUACGACGGCCUCGAUAGAGCGCCCGUCUUUGACCUGCACGUCAGCGUCAACUAUUGGACGACCGUGAACAUCUCGAACGCCAACACGCCGGUGAUCUACGAGAUCAUCGCCGUCGUGCCUGGCGAGUCCGUGCAGGUGUGCCUGGUGAACACCGGCUUCGGAACGCCGUUCAUCUCCGCCCUCGACCUGAGGCCCCUCAAGAACGGGCUCUACCCGAUGGCCAACGCGACGCAGGGGCUGGUUCUUCUCACCAGGUCCAACUUUGGCCGGGACGACGGUGUGAUCCUCAGGUACCCCGACGACCCACACGACCGCUUCUGGAUCCCGCAAAGCAAGCGGGCGGAGUGGUUGGAGAUCUCCACGGUCAAGAAGGUUCAGAAUAUUGAUGACGACAGCUUCGACGCGCCGUCUGCCGUGAUGCAGACGGCAAUUACGCCCGUCAACUCCUCCAAGCCCAUUGAGUUCAGCUGGGACGCCGAGCCCAGCGCGAACGACCCAGAUCCAGGGUACAUCUGCAUCCUGCACUUCUCUGAGCUACAGCCCCUCCCCGUCAACGCCGUGCGGCAGUUCUACGUCACCCUCAAUGGCCAGCUCUGGCUUGGCAAAGGCUUCACCCCGCAGUACCUAUACACCAACGCCGUCUUCAACAACAUCUCCAACCCCAAUGACGGAUCUCACCAGUACAAUGUCUCGCUCAAUGCCACUGCCAACUCCACGCUCCCGCCUAUCCUCAACGCCCUCGAGAUCUUCUCCCUCUUGCCCACCACCGGCAUAACCACGGCCACUCAGGAUGGUAAGCAAGCAGUUAUGUUCUUCAGAUUUCAGAUGCAACAGCAGUGUCUCACUCCGUUAAUUAUACUCAGCAGUCAGCUGACAUAUUUUGCAUUGCUGUUGCUGAGAAAUGUAAUAGUAUCUGUCAUUGCUGCGAUCAGAGGCAAGUACCAGGUAAAGAAGAACUGGAUGGGCGAUCCCUGCGUGCCAAAGAAUUUCGCGUGGAAAGGAUUGGGUUGCAGAUAUGCUGUUUCCAGCCCACCAAGUGUCACAUCCUUGAAUCUAUCUUCCAGUGGCCUCAGUGGCAACUUGUCAUCUUCGUUUGCCGGCCUCAAAGGUCUACAGUACUUGGAUUUGUCACACAAUAAUCUUACGGGCUCAAUUCCUGACACCCUGUCGCAGUUGUCGUCGCUCACACUUCUAGAUCUGACAGACAAUCAAUUCAGUGGAUCAAUUCCUCCUGGGCUUGUGAAAAGAACUCAAGAUGGCUCCCUAACACUAAGAUAUGGAAACAAUCCAAACCUCUGCAGCAGUGGCAACUAUUGUCAGCAUCCAAAAAAGAAGAGAAGCUCUAUGGUUGCCGUCUAUGUUGUUGUUCCCAUAGUUGCAGUACUAGUGAUUCUGCUACUCUCAGUUCUUCUCAUUUGCGUGAGAAGGAGAAGGCAAGGAAGGACAAGCGAUAAUAUCAAGCGUCUGGAUGAGGCUAAUAUCAAGGGGCACAACUUGUUGCGAUUCGAUAACCGCCGGUUCACAUAUAGUGAAUUAGAGGCCAUCACAAAUGGCUUCGAGCGAGUAAUUGGUAAAGGGGGGUUUGGGAAAGUUUAUCAUGGGUCAUUGGAGGAUGACACACAGGUGGCUGUUAAACUGCGGUCUGAAUCUUCAGAUCAAGGUGAACAAGAAUUCUUGGCAGAGGCUCAGACGUUGGCGAAAAUUCACCACAAGAAUCUUGUGUCCUUGAUUGGCUACUGCAAGGACAUGAAAUACAUGGCUCUUGUCUACGAGUACAUGUCUGAAGGAGCGCUAGACGAACAUCUUCGAGGGAAAGAUAACACCAUGAAAACUUUAACCUGGAGACAGAGACUUCGUAUCGCCUUGGAAUCUGCACAAGGGCUUGAGUAUCUGCACAAGGGGUGUAACCCGCCCCUCGUACACAGGGACGUGAAGACGUCAAACAUCUUGCUAAAUGCAAAUCUGGAGGCUAAAAUUGCUGAUUUUGGCCUACUCAAGGCUUUCAAUAGCAACAACGAUACACAUGUUUCUACGGCAAGGGUGGUUGGCACACUCGGUUACCUUGACCCUGAGUACCAUGCUACAUUUCAGCUGACCAAUAAGAGCGACGUCUUUAGCUUUGGCGUAGUGCUAUUGGAGAUAGUCACAGGGCAACGACACAUCCUAAAUGACCCUGAGCCAGCGAGCAUUGUUCAGUGGGUGCGGCAGCGCCUCGCCCGUGGUAACAUCGAGGAUGUGGUGGAUGCACGCAUGCGUGGAGAUCACGAUGUCAAUAGCGUGUGGAAAAUUGCAGACACCGCGUUGAAGUGUACAUCCCAAAAGCCUGGAGAGAGGCCCACGAUGACUGAAGUGGUAGCAGUGCUACAUGAGUGCCUUGAGCUCGAGGCUGCACACGGCAAUGUGAAUGCAGGGUUUUACACGCCCGGGAGCGGUGGCAGCAUGAACGACUAUGGUCGAUAUGACACUGGCAUGUCUACUGAUCUGAGCCAGAGCACCACUGCAUUUGAGCAAGAGCACUUGGGCAGGGUGUCUAUAAUGUCUACGGGUCCAGCUAUUAGGUGAGGAUUUAGACAAUGAUUACCCCCACCUCUCUUCUGUGAGAGUAUUCUCUGUUUUCACUCAAGGAAAUUUGAAAGUUUUUACACGAUAAUUGUUGUUAUGAUUAGAGGAAUCGUGUAUGUACAAAUGUUCAGACAUUUAAUGUGUUAUGUUGGCUUUUCUAGA